UUCAUUAUUGCCGUCAACAAUCCGCUUUCGUCAUUGCGGAAAGAGCUGAGCUGUGAAUCGCUUGUAGAAGAAGUGCGUCAUAGAGAAGAGAAUUUUGUGCUCUUAAAAACCUCUUAGAAUAACACGAGUACUUAUCUUUUAUAAGAAUUAUUAAGAAAUCUGUGAUACUCCAUUUUAGUUUGGAUUAAAUUGGUAAUUGCCGGUGGACAUCGUGGUCUCUUACAACUGAACAAAGUUUGAGGAGAUGGAGUCAAACCAAAAUCGCACCGAAACGUUUGUCCCCCUGACAGUACUGAGAGAGAAGAACCUCUUAUGUGACGCGGUGUUGAGGUUAGAGGACGGCGGCGUCUUCCCAGUCCGCAGAUUAAUUCUCUCGACGUUCAGCGCAUAUUUCAGGGCCCUCUUCACGACGACACUGCACACCAGUGAGAAGACUGACAUUCUCCUCCACGGAGUCAGCUCAGACAUGAUGGCCCACAUACUGAAUUAUGUUUAUUCUCGUAAGAUGGACAUCCACUCCGAGAACGUGCGUCAGUUACUCGUGACGGCUGACUACUUGUGCUUACAGGACGUUACUGAACUCUGCUGCGACUUCCUCAAGGACGCGAUGGAUGCCGUCAACUGUAUCGACAUCAUGCAUUUCGCAAGGUUAUACUUCAUCGCCGACCUCGAGACUUCCGCUCGUCGCUUCGUUCUGCGCUACUUCGUGGAAGUGUCUCAGAAGAGCGAAGAACUUUUGGAACUGCCUGUUGAGGAGCUGCAAGCGAUAAUCGGGACCGAGGAACUGAACGUGACGGACGAGAGAGUUGUGUGGGAGUGCAUUCUCCGGUGGAUCAACCACGACCCGGACAACAGGAAAGGUCACAUCGCGGACCUUUUGAAGGGCGUCAGACUGGGACGACUUGACGCAAAAUUUUUCAAGGACGAGCUAUCAAAUCACCCUUACGUGACGGAGAAUGAGGCGUGCAGACCAUUGAUCUCGGAGACGCUGACGUUUCUGCACGACGUGGAAAUGAUGACGAAGGGAGAACGCAAGGAAUUCGUGACACCAAAGAUUGCCUACCCUCGAAUCCCACUGGACAUUCUCUUUGCUAUUGGUGGGCGUUCUAACACAAGAGAUACAGAUUUGAUCGAAGCGUACGACGUACGAGCAGACCGGUGGAGUGUGGUGGAGGGGGUCGAUUCGAUCGGUACGAGAUCCGACUAUGGCACGGCAGUGGUCGGUUUCGACAUUUACGUCAUUGGUGGUUCCGACGGCUCUGAAGGUUUAAAUUCAUGUCGCUGUUUCAACGCUGUUACGAAGACAUGCCGCGAGGUGUCGCCUAUGCAUGAACGCAGACUCGGUUUAAGUGUGGCUGUUCUGCGAGGUGCAGUGUACGCCAUGGGUGGUAGCGGUGGCAAAAGUGUGAAACACAGAACGGCGGAAAGAUACGACUGCAAGAAGAACAAGUGGUGGUGGAUCGAUUCUAUGAACACAGAGCGAUCCGAUGCAAGUGCGGCCGUACUGAAUGAUAAAAUAUACGUCGCUGGUGGAGUUACAGAUUUGUAUAGUUAUCUAACCUCGGUGGAAGUCUAUGACCCGGACACCGACCAAUGGACGUUCGUUGCAUCAAUGUUUUCUGAACGUAAGAAUUUUUCUUGCGUCGCGUUCCACGGCUGUCUGUACGCCCUAGGAGGAAAGAACUCAUCAUGGGAGCUCAAUACCGAAAAGUACGACCCUGUAGAAGACAAGUGGACCGUGAUCCAUGCCAUGAAUUUCAAUUCAUAUAACUUAAAUGCAGAAGUGAUCGACGACACGAUAUUUGUCAUCGGUGGAUUUUGCAGAGGGAAAGCUGACUUCAGUGUCAAACGUUACAAUGACAAGGAAGAUAAAUGGCACCAGGUGACAAACAUGAAUAUUAGUAGACUCCUGAUGUCGACUUGUGUCGUCAAGAACCUACCGAAUGCAAGAGAUUACUCAUACAAACACAGAGACAAAUUGAUGGAGGAAGAUCGUAAAUAAAUGCUAUAUUGGAAAUAUAAAUAGUUUGCAGUUGAUUCCAACCACGACGAACACAUUAAUUUUAAUUACUUUCCUACGAAAUGUAGAAAUGUGGGAGUUGAUCUAGGAGCUACAAAAAAUAAAGAGAAUUAUUGUUUGCAGCAAAG